CUUAUUUCCAACAUGGCUAUUGUUUUGGUCAUGCUUUUCUGGAAAUUUGGUCGGAGAUGUUUGGAGCUCUGUACUGAAUGAGUUUCAAGAUUAGGAAAUUUCAUUUUUGGGGUGAUUUCUUAUUCUUCCUGAUUUACUUGCUUGUUCAUCGUAUUUGAUUUUUUUUACAGUGUAGUUUGAAGUGCAGAAGCGGUACCUUGAGCCAAAAAAAGGCAAAAGUUUGGAGAUUCGGCAUUGCGUUUGUGAAUGAUUCUAACGCAGUUAUAGUGAUCAUCUUAAGAUUUUAUUUUGAAUGGAAGGGGAGGGUGGGACAGAGAGAAGUUAGAACGAUAAGCAUUUGCCUUGUUGCGGAUCCUAAAAUUUAACACUGGACUUACUGAGCUCAUACUUGAAUUAUUUCGAUGUGGGAAAAAGGUCAGCAGUGACUGUAUUAAUCACUGCUAAUUGAAUAUUAUAUAUGAUGUGUAAUUGUUUAUCUUGAAAGGUAGUUUCAAGACAAAACAACUAUUACGCCUUCUAUAAAAGUUAGGAAUUACAAUGUUUGUCUCGGGAUAAUGUCAAUACAGGCUACAGAAUUAAAGUUGGAACGUGCGUUCUGUGUUUUGCUGUCAAGACUUACACAUUGAGCUUAUUCCAUGGUUUGAAGAAGAUCCUGCUUGUUUAGCAAAGGGGAAAACUUUGGUUAUAAUUGAAAUCAUGUUGAAGCGUGGAUACAAAUCAAAGACAUGGAACGGUCCUCAGAAUUGGCGGGUCCCAGUACUACUUGCAGUUCUUAUACUGAUGCUAGUUGGACUUUUGUUACCAUUUCAAGAUGAAGUUCAAAAGCCUAAUUUAUCUGACAAAGUCAAAAAACAAGAGAGGAAUAGCCUUGACUCAGUCGUGCAAUUGCAUCCCACAGUAGAGUUCCGGAAUGGAACAGAUGUAAUAUGGCAAAUACCUAAAUCGCCCAAGGCCGUUCUGUUUUUGGCUCACGGAUGCAAUGGCAGAGCCAUCAACUUUUGGGAUCAAUCACCUGAGUGCCCUAACUGCAUUGGGCUACCUGAAGAACGAUUACUUGUACUUAAUGGUCUUGCUCGACAGUUUGCUGUUAUUACUAUUUCUAGCGCCGGAAGAUGUUGGACAUUGAAUGAAGAAGUUUUAAUUGUUAAAAAAAUUAUAAAUUGGUGGAUUAGUGAAAGGAAACUUGAGAAACUUCCUCUUGUAGCUUUGGGUGCUUCGUCUGGUGGGUAUUUUGUAUCUGUACUUGCUAACAUUAUGAACUUUAGUAGCAUUGUGCUCAUGAUUGCCGAAGGAACAUUUGGGCAAAUCAGGAUCAAACAGGACUAUCCGCCUACUCUCUUUGUGCACAUGCCUAAAGAUCUCUACAGGCAGCAGAAAAUAGAUGAAUAUGUGGAAGUUCUUAAAGAUAAUGGGGUUGACGUUGAUGUUAUCGAAUGCACGGAGUUCCCCUUAGCACCAAACACUUUAGCUGAUAGAAUUCCUGGUCUUGAUCAAACCGUUUCUGCAAGGCUGUUUGAGGUCUUUCAGGAAAAGGGAUUUAUUGAUGAUAAAGGGUAUAUGAAGAAAGAUGGGCGGGCAUUGAAUUGGAAAAGGGCUCUUCAGGAGAAGAAAAGUUUCUCACUUGAUGAGCAUCUAUUCCCACACAUCCAAGAGGAGCUAAACCUUGCAUUUGCUUACCAUGAGAUGACUAGUGUUCAUUCUGACAAGAUUUUUAAGUGGUUUGAAUCUCACAUUAGCUGAUGGUGAUGGGACCUUACUCAGGUUUUUUCUUUUUCGUUGUUGUAAUAUAAAUAAUUAUAUAGCCUCUGGUAAAUAAGUCUUGCUCUCGUUUUUGUAUCAUCCAGUGGUUCACAUGUAAAGACUUCUAUUAUGGGUCCUUCUGGUCAUACAGAAAAAAAUACAGAUAUUAUGACAGCUCAAAGUAUUUAGUUUUCAUGUGCAAUUUAUAGUAUCUGGUACAGGUA